CAUUGCACCCCCAAGGCAUUCUAAAUCAUUGGUAUUAAGGCGUCACCCUUGUUCUUCCUCCUGCUACUUCAGUCUUUUCUUGUUUCUACCUCUGCCUCUUCCACCACUUCUGUACUUAAUCAAACAGAAACUCUUCUCAAAUGGAAAGCCAGGUUGAAAGCGUCACCAACAUAAGCCUUCCAAAUUUAGGUCUCAAAGCUACACUGGACAACCUUAACUUCUUGGCCUUCCACAACCUAAUUCACUUUGAUGUUGGUAAUAAUUCACUUUAUGGGGCCAUUCCUUCUGACAUCGUGAACUUGUCCAAACUCACUUUUUUCAAUUUGUCUGCUAAUGGUAAUUUUUCUGGAAAUAUUCCCAAGGAUAUAGGAAGGUUGAGUUCGCUUACCGUACUCGACCUUGCUUGGAGCCAACUUAGUGGUUCACUUCCUGUUUCUGUAGUAAAUUUAAGCAAUCUGUCUUACCUUGCAGUCGCUGGCAAUAACCUCAGUGGUUCCUUGCCUCAAGAAAUUGGAAUGAUGAAAUCACUUGUUGUGGUUAGUUUUACAUUGAAUUCCUUUACUGGUCCAAUCCCUGCAUCAAUAGGAAAUUUAAGCAAUUCUAAAUAUCUUUACCUUUCUAACAAUCAGUUAUCUGGUUCUAUUCCUAGUGAAAUAGGAAGGUUGAGUUCACUUUAUCGACUUCAACUUGAAGGCAAUAGGCUCAAUGGUUCUAUACCUCAAGAAGUUGGGAUGCUGAGAUCUCUUUAUGAGCUUGAUUUUUCUAGUAACUCGCUAACUGGUUCAAUCCCUACAUCAAUAGGAAAUUUAAGUAACUUAGUGCUUCUUUACCUUUAUGACAAUAAGCUCUCUGGCUCUAUUCCUAGUGAAAUAGGAAUGAUUAAUGGUGCACUUCUAGCCUUGCAAUUGUCAGAAAAUAAUCUCACCGGUGUUAUCCCUGCUUCUAUAGGAAACUUUCCAAGACUUAGAGAGCUAUAUCUUUCCAAUAAUAGCUUAUCCGGUCCAAUUCCUGUAGAAAUGAAUAACCUUACUGGUUUGGUACAUUUACAAUUGCGUUGUAACAACCUUGUUGGCCAUUUACCUGAGAAUAUUUGCCUUGGGGGACUUCUCACAAACUUUUCAGCACAAAACAAUCAUUUGACGGGUCCCAUCCCAAAAAGUUUGAAAAAUUGCUCUAGUUUACUUAGAGUAAGGCUUGAAGGGAACCAACUUGAAGGGGAUAUAACAGAUGCUUUUGGGAUAUAUCCCAAGUUGGAUUAUAUUGAUUUGAGUAAUAACAAGUUUUACGGUAAACUUUCUCCAACUUGGGGUCUAUGUCAUAACGUCACAACCUUGAAGAUCUCCAAUAAUAACAUCUCUGGUAAGAUACCUCCUGAGCUAGCUCAAGCCACUCAAUUACAUGGUCUUGAUCUCUCUUCAAAUCAGCUAAACGGGGAGAUUCCUAAGGAAUUAGGCAACUUGACUUCAUUAGUCUAUCUCCUGCUAAAUGAUAACCAACUCUUUGGUAGAAUCCCAUUCGAGAUAGGACAGCUACUCAAUUUGGAACAACUCAAUUUGGCAGCAAACAAUUUGGAUGGACCAAUUCCAAAACAACUUGGAAAAUGCUUCAGGUUAUGGAGCUUGAACUUGAGCAAGAAUCAACUUGGGGAAAAUAUUCCGUUUGAAAUAAAGAAUAUAUUAGCCCUUGAAAUUCUUGAUUUGAGUUGGAAUAUUCUAAUGGGAGAUAUUCCACUGGAUCUUGGCAGAUCUCCAAGGUUAGAAACACUGAAUCUUUCUCACAACAUGCUGUCUGGAUUCAUACCUCCGUCUUUUAAUGAAAUGCUAAGCUUGACAAAUGUCAACAUAUCCUACAACCGGUUGGAGGGCCCAAUCCCCCAUAUCAAAGCCUUUCUUGAUGCCGCAUUUGAUGCUCUUAAAAACAAUAAAGGCCUCUGUGGCAAUGCCUCUGGCCUAAUGUCUUGUCCAUCCAAAAGUCAGAAGAAAAGUUCAAGAGGACUUGUGAUUUUGAUUGUUGUACCUGUUUUGGGCGGAUAUGGAAAUGUUUACAAAGCUGUGUUGCCAACAGGUCGAGUAGUUGCUGUAAAGAAACUUCAUCCCUCAGAUGAUAAUGAGACCAUCAAUUUAGGAGCAUUUGAAAGCGAGAUUCGUGUUUUAACAGAAAUACGACAUCGCAACAUUGUCAAGUUGUGUGGUUUUUGUUCUAAUGCAGAGCACUCAUUGUUGGUCUAUGAGUUUGUAGAAAGAGGGAGCUUGAAAAUGGUUUUGAGCAAACCAGAAGAAGCAGCGGAGUUGGAUUGGGAUAAGAGGUUGAACAUUGUUAAAGGAUUAGCUAGUGCCUUAUCUUACAUGCACCACGAUCGCCCAUCACCAAUAAUCCAUCGUGACAUAUCUAGCAACAAUUUUUUGCUUGAUUUGGAUUAUGAAGCUCAUGUUUCUGAUUUUGGCACUGCUAGAAUUUUAAAGCCCGACUCCUCAAACUGGACAUCCUUUGCAGGCACCUUCGGCUAUAUAGCUCCAGAGUUUGCUUACACAAUGCUAGCAAGUGAAAAGUGUGAUGUCUACAGCUUUGGGGUGGUAGCAAUGGAAGUACUCAUAGGAGGAUGUUAUUUCAGGAGACCUUAUUUCAGAUUUAUGGACAACGAAUGGCCAACAGAUGCUGCUGAAGGAUGUUAUAGACCAGCGCCUUCAACCUCAAAGGAGGAACCGAGUAGCUGAGCAAGUGGUUUCAACAACAAAGCUAGCCCUUACAUGCCUGCAUGUCAAUCCCCAAUUGCGGCCCACCAUGCGGCAAGUUUAUCAGACACUUAUUAGUGGUCGAUCAUCUCCAUUGCCAAAGCCAUAUUCAAUGAUAAGUUUAGGGGAUUUGAUUGGAGGUGGACAUGGGGUGCAGAGCUGAGGAGUUGCUGAUGAUUUGGACAUUCGCCAUAAUUCUUGUGGAACUGUUCCAUAUCCAUCCUACCGGUUGCCAGGACUUGCAAUGGGCUUGAAGAAAUGUUGUUAAUUAGCCUGAAGAUGGAUAGUUACGUUUAUCCUUCGUUCCUUUCCUUUCGCCUCCUUGUUGGCUCCCGUACUCGGUCGUUUUUAAUUUCCAUCUAGAUAACGUAAUUUGUGUAUUGUCCGUUUCUGCUUUUCUUGUUUGUGUAUUUUUGUGCUUAUUUCUUUUCUUAUAGCUUGGUGUAAGGAGACUGUGUAGAGUACAUCUUCAAUGAAAUUGUCUUUUUGCU